AUGUAUUCAUGCCAGGUAGUCAACUUCUUAACGAUGAAUAAUGCCAUAAAUGUUUGUAAUUUAUGUCACAGAAACAUUGACAUUAUGCUGCAUCUGCCAUGCCAUCCCAAGGAGUGGUUUCUGUUUGGUUUGUUCUGGCUGGGUGGAGUGUGGACAAUCAUUUAUGAAUGUUGCAUUGUAGUCUGGUAUUAUCAUCAGCACUGCAAUUGGCUGGUGAUAAGUCACAUAGUCACGGUGACACUCUUGGCCUGUCUGAUCUACUCCAACAUGUAUUUUCUUCUCAGCAAGGAUGUGUCAGCGAGACAACUCAACAGAUGCCAGGAAACUUGUCCCCCAGGAUGGACGUUCUGUAAGCAGUGCCAGUUUCACGUGCCACCCCGAUCACAUCAUUGUAAACUCUGCAACUUGUGUAUUCUCAAGCGCGACCACCACUGCUGGUUUGCCGGUUACUGCAUCGGGUUCAAGAACCAUCGUUACUUCGUGUCCCUAGCCUUUUACAUGAGUAUUGCUGGCCUGUAUGCCAACAUUUACAACUGGCAGUUUGUCCUGAAUGAGAAAGGGGGGUUUACCUGGACAACACUACCCUCGUUAUUUGCACCCCAUGUCGGCUUGAUGCUUGGCUACUACUCCUUGUACGAGUUUGCUCUAACUGUCAACACAUCCGUGGGUUUCUUCUUCACCAUUUUCUUCGUGUGGAUGUUUUGUGUCCAGGUGCUGCAGAUCAUCAGUGGCCAGGUGAUGCAUGAAAGAAAGAAAGGCAUCCAUGUUUAUAAUUUAGGCUUCAGGACAAAUCUCCAAGAAGUCUUUGGUCCUAGAGGACUCAUUUCCUUGCUGUGUCCAUUUGUUCCAACACAGCUUGCAGGAGAUGGUACAGAGUUUUCUAGUCACACACAGAAAACUGAGUGA